UAAGCCUGGGGCCCGAAGCCAGAAAGAACCCACAUGUCUCGCCGCCUUUUCCCUCUUUCUCUCUGCCAACCCUCUCCAGGGCUCACCAUUUCCUCCUCUGCUCUCUCUCUCUCGCGCACACACUCGCGCACGCGGCAAUGAGGAAGAAAAAACGCUCAUCUCCUCUUCUUCUCCUCCAUCUCCUCCUCCUCCUCUUCUUCUUCUCCCUCUUCCCUUCUUUCACCCUCUCCGCCGUCUCCGACGGAGACCGGCAGGCCAUGCUCGACAUUGCCAAGAAGCUCACCAACCUUCCUCCUUCUUGGACGACCGGCACAGAUCCCUGCCAGUGGUCGGGAGUCACCUGCAGAUCUGGCCGGAUCGACACCAUCAACCUUGCUCUGAAAGGCGUCUCCGGCACUCUCUCCAGCUCCAUCUCCAAGCUUUCCUCCCUCAGCAACCUCCAACUCCAGCAAAACCAGAUCUCAGGUCCUCUCCCUUCCCUCUCCAACCUCUCCGGCCUCGAAACCAUCGUCCUCGACGGCAAUGCCUUCUCCUCCGUCCCUAAUGGCUUCUUCACUGGCCUCUCCUCUCUUCAAUCGGUUUCUUUAGAUGAUAACCCUCUCGCACCCUGGGUUAUUCCGGCAGAUCUAGCCCAAUCUACCAGCCUUAUGACGUUCUCCGCCUCUAAUACCAGCAUCAAUGGGGAGAUACCGGCGUUCUUUGGUACGCUUUUGAGUUUGCAGAGCUUGAGGAUCUCUUACAACAAUAUGACCGGCGGACUUCCGGAUUCCUUUGGUGGAUCCACCAUUCAAAAUCUUUGGCUCAACAAUCAGCAGUCUCCCACCAAGUUUUCUGGGUCAAUCGAUGUGAUAGGGUCAAUGACCCAACUUUCUUUGGUUUGGCUGCAAUCCAACAGUUUCACUGGACCGAUCCCAGAUCUCUCCAAGCUCAUCUCCCUGGCCUCUUUUAAUGUUCGUGAUAAUUCCCUGACCGGAGUUGUGCCGCCAUCUCUCACCUCCUGCCCAACUCUCAAGAAUGUGUCGUUGUCGAAUAAUCAGUUGCAGGGCCCAUACCCGAAGUUUGCUGGUGGAGUGGAUGGCGACAUCGACAAGGGCAACAAUUUCUGUAACUCCGCCCCCGGGCCUUGUAAUGCGGUGGUGACGGCGCUGCUCGCCGUCGCUGAAGGUUUUGGGUACCCAUUGAAGCUUGCCACCUCCUGGACGGGGAGUGAUCCCUGUGGUGGUAAUUGGUUUGGUGUGAACUGUGAUAACCAAAACAACAUCAAUGUUCUUAAUUUUGCAAACCAGCAUUUCGAAGGCUUCAUCUCUCCCGACAUUUCUAAUUUCACCUCACUGACAAGGCUGAUCCUGAGCAACAACAAUCUCAGUGGCCCGAUCCCAGAUAGUUUGAAGGUGCUGCCUAAGUUGCGGCUUCUUGAUGUUACUAAUAACAACCUUUCAGGAAUUUUACCACAUUUCCCAGAUUAUGUGACACUGAAGCUAAGUGGCAACCCUUUGCUUGGGCAUACUUCAGGUUCUGGAGGAGGUUCCUCUUCUUCCUCUCCUUCGGAUGGGCCAUCUGGGUCUUCAUCUGCUGGAAACCAGCCAUCAGGGUCAAAGUCGCCGGGAGCUGUGAUUGCGGGAAUAGUUAUAGCUGUUCUGAUUCUUAUUGCUUGUUUGCUGGCUUUCUUUUAUUCUAUUUACAGAAAAAAGCAUGUCCGGAGAUUUGGACAGGUUCCUACCAGAACCCCUCCAAAUGAGCCAGAGUUGGCUAAGACAGCAGUCAUGGGCAUAGAAAUGGGUGAGAUUUACAGCCAAAGCAGCACCGGCGGUGCUAAUACAUAUAUGAUUGAUCCUCAAGGCAUGCACAUGUCGAUCCAAUCAGUCCGCAGGGCCACAAAUAAUUUUAGUGAGGAAAACAUUUUGGGCAGGGGUGGAUUUGGAGUGGUCUACAAAGGGAACCAUAAUGGCACCCUGAUUGCUGUGAAGAGGAGUCGGGUUGAUUUGCCAGGUAACAAAGGGGGUGAUGAGUUCAAAGCCGAGAUAGAUGUUCUUAGCAAGGUUAGGCACCGGCACCUGGUUGCUCUUCUAGGAUAUUAUGAUGAUGGCAAUGAGAGGCUUUUGGUCUACGAGUUCAUGCCAGGAGGAACACUGGAGCAGCACCUGUUUGACUAUAAUAAUAUCAAGUGUUCUCCUCUUACUUGGAAGCAGAGGCUCACGAUAGCUCUGGAUGUAGCUCGAGGAGUAGAAUACCUACAUAGCUUGGCCCAGGAGAGUUUCAUUCACAGGGAUCUGAAGCCUUCGAAUAUACUCUUAGAUAAUGAUAUGAGGGCUAAGGUCUCAGAUUUUGGGUUGGUCAAGCAUUGUGUAGACAAGCAAAAGUCUAUGAUGACACGAUUGGCAGGAACCUUUGGAUAUCUUGCGCCUGAGUAUGCUUUUACUGGAAAAGUGACAACCAUGGUGGAUGUUUAUGCAUUUGGAGUGAUAUUAAUGGAGCUGAUUACUGGACAGAAAGUGCUUGAUGACAGGCGCCCUGAUGGCGACACCAAUUUGGUACCUAUCUUUCAGAGAAAUAUUGUCAACAAGGAUGAGUUUCUAAAGUCAUGUCCAGAUCCUAACCUCAAUCUUGAUGAGGAAGCUUACACAAGCUUAAUGGAAGUAGCUGAACUUGCAAGAUACUGUACAGCCCGUGUGGCUAAUCACAGGCCUGACAUGAGCUAUGCUGUAAAUAAGCUGGCUCUCCUGGUGGAGAGGUGGAAGCCCGCCACCACCGGCAAUGAAGGCAGAGGUGAUGCUUCAUCAUCGUUCCAGCUCCAGCACUGGGAUAUUACAAUGGUGGCACCGGAUAAUGGAACAAUGCAAUAGAAGUUCGGGCAUUAGAGCAGUUUAGAAGCUUUAUUACUAGGGAUUUCUCAAGAAAUGUUUUGAUAGAAGGCUCUCUAUACUUGUUUGUUACUUGUUCAUAUGUCUGUUUCAACCGCCCAUGGACGCUUAUUGUGAGAGAGGGAGUUUCUGUAGUCAAUUCAUUCUUUUUUUUUUUCUUUUUACUUGCUUCCUUUCUCCUGCUACUCUAGAGUCAAGAGAUUGUUCCCUUACAACUAAACAAAAUGGAUAGAUUUUUGGCU